UCACAAGGCGGUCCCGAGGUGUCCACGUCAGUCGAUGUGGCGGUGCAAGCUAAUCCUCCAGAUAAACGACUACUCAAAACCCUACUACAACAAGGCAAUGCCGAUGUAAACAUCAAUGGAGGAAUAGCCGUGGAGCACGCCGUGCUGCAAUCCGACCCGGAAGUCGUCGAGAUGGUUCUUGGUCUAGGGCAGCCCAAUGACGAAAGUCUGGAACGAGGCUUGAAGGCUGUCGCAAAGCUCCCAACAUCCCCUAAUAAAACAGACAAAUUGAAUUCGAUACUACGCCGAACAAGAUCGAGCGACACUGUUACUUCGCUGCUUAUACAAGAGGUGCAAGCCGUGUUAAAGGUGCCUCCUCACGAGCAAAAUUUCUCGUCGAUAAAGGUCUUGUUGGCAAAUGGCGCUGAUAUCAACGCUAUGAACGCUGAGGCAUUGUGCCGCACGAUCGCUGCAGCAAACAUGCAGUUAGCAGAGGUUCUAUUCGCUACUAAACCGAAUGCCAAUUCAAUGGCAUUUGCUAUGCCUCAUGCUCUCCGUAUUCGCGAUUUGAUGGAUAGACUAACAUUCACGCAAAAGAUCCUAGAGAGCGGUAUACAACCAAACGAAGUAAAUAGGGCCCUCGUCUUCGCCGUUAACACCUACCCUGAUGAUAUACCCUUGAUCAAUACCCUCUUGGCCGGCGCUGAUACACGUGAUGGCCAAGCCCUAAUGGAGGCAAUCAAGAGGGAGAAACAAGAUAUUGUGGAAUUAAUCUUACGCAAGAAGACUUUUCCAGUCGAGAUUCUCAACACUGGCUUCACACAUGCGACGAGAGGCAAAAACAAGAGAUCGAGGAGUAUGUCUUCUAUGAAUUUGUUAAAAGCCGGUGCAUCAGGAGAUGUAGUAUCAGAUGCGUUAUUAGCAGCAGCGACAGAUGGCGACCUAGAUUUCGGCACGAUCUUAGUACAGAACGGUGGCAGUGUAGAGCACAAGGACGGCCAGGCGAUUAUAGAGGCCUGUAAAUCGGGGGCCGUCGAGGUUCUAGCAAUGCUAUUAGCAGGUAAUUCUAAAGUAGCAGAGAAAACGCUACAAAGAGGCUUUCAAGCCGCUACGCAAGUGGGAGACCUAAAGAAGCGGGCUGAAGUAUUCAAGUUACUGCUACAGAUGGGUGUUACCGGAGAAGUGGUUGAUUCCCAGCUUAUAUCCGCCGUUAGGUACGGUGACGAUGGGAAAGACCUAGUGACACUUCUGCUGGUAUAUGGAGCAAGUCCCGAUUAUAACGACGGGGAUGCUGUCGAAAAAGCGGCAAGAAGCGCUUUCUUAGGCAACUUGGAGAUGUUAUUGGGUAUAAUCGACGUCGGGGGACGUCAAAAACGCCCAUCUUCUCAUACGUUAGUUCGCGCAAUAGAUGCGUGCUGGGACCUUAGCAGGGACACGAGGUUUACCGUCUUGAAUUGGGUAUUUAAAGUAGGAAAGCCUGUCCCCAGCGCCGUCCAUAAUGCAUUAAACCGCGCAGUCAACGAAGAAGAACCCGAAGAAAGACUCAUCGAAUUACUCAUUAGUAAUCGGGCAUCUCCAGCUGCGAACGGCUGCCAGACUCUGAUUGAUGCGACAAAAACUCUAACACCCGCGGCCUUCGCUAAUCUUUUGGAGUCGCGGAUAACUGCCGAAGAUGCUUCUUUAGUAUUUAGCAAAGCAUUCGUGGCUGAAAAUGUCGCCUCAUGGCUAUCUAGUCGUGGUUAUGAAAUUGCGAAGCACCUACUUGAGAAAGGCGCUGCUGGUGAUGGGGUGGGCGCCGCGUUCGCUGCAGUCCUGGGUCUAUAUGUUGAGACACAUGCAUCACUGGCCAACAAUUUUGUCGACUUGCUCCUUAAAUAUGGCGCGGACGUUAACUAUAACAACGGAGAAGCAUUUCAAAAUGCGGCUGCUCAGGGAGACCCCGAUCUUCUGAAGAGAUUAUUACGAGAGAACCCAAAUGCACAGGCAAUGACGUUUGCGUUCCCUCGGAUCUUCGAUGCCACUGCAUCUGAAGAUGAUGUGUACGACCUUAUCACGAUAUUCAUAGAACACAAUGACGGUCAAAGCCAGAUGGACGUUGCAUUCACUCAAUCUGACUCACAGCCCGUCCUCAUCAGAGCAUUAUGCCAAUUCCCUCGAUCAACGAAGAUCCUCGGUGCGCUUUUAGAUGCUGGUUUCUAUCACGACCAGAUGACAACGUGCAAAGUGAUGGAGGAGGUCGAUGAAGAGCCCGUGACACUUCUAAUGUGGGCGCUGUUACAGCCCCAGAAGAAAAUCAGCAGCGGAGUAAUCAACUUAUUAAUAGAAAGAGGUGCUAAGGUGAAUCACGAGACACCUAUUUCCCAUGUCACGCCUCUAAUGUUGGCCAUACAAUGUCAUCGCCAGGAUAUCGUUAAAUCCCUGUUAUUGGCAGAUGCCGAUGUUGACAUAACAGACGCUACAGGGAGGUCUCCAUUGUCGAUGGCGUCUGCCGUUGGCGGUGAUCUAGCCAUUACCAUGAUGUCGAACUUGCUAGCCGCAGGCGCUUCUAGGAACGACGGUUCGCUCCACAACGCAGCUCGAGAACUCAAUCUGCAAGCCAUGCAAAUUCUAGUUCAAUAUAAACACGACCCUGAUUUCCCAAGUUCGCUCCAUGAUGGACGUAGUGCUCUUGGUGAGCUAUGCCUCCACGCUGCCGACGUAGGCGAAAUUACUCCUCGUCGAGAGAAAGCAAUGGAGAAGGCGAUCAACUUCCUUCUUGCAAGUGAAUCCGACGUUACCCUCCAAUCUAACGGUAAAUCGGUUCUACUUUUAGCGUUAGAGUCGGUUGACCCCCUCACUACUACGAAAGUCUUAUUACGAGCAGAUAUGUGGAAAUUCAUCAACAAACCCUUCAAUUACUACUCCGACGGCAAAUACACAUAUUCUCCCACUAUGUACGUCCAGCGCGUAUUGCCAGACUCAGAUCACAAGUCGCAACUCCUAGCAUUACUACGGGCGAAUCGUGGGAUCGAUGUUUACUAUGCCAAUACCGGUCCGCAACCCGACGACGCCAUAGGCAUGCCUACAAGCGUCCAGCUUGAGGAACAAGAACGAAAAUCACGCUUAGCCCGCCUUCAAGAAGAGAACGAAGAACAUACUCGCGCCAUCCAGCGGAACAAGGAGCUUGCCGCAGUACAGGCACAGAUAUGGGCUAGCCAGGCAGAAUUGGAGGACGCGCGCAAGAAGAAGUCGCACAAUGCGGACUUAACGGCGAUUCAGGAGCGCGCACGCGUCGAGGAAGAACUCUUCAAUUCGGCGAUGCGACAACAGCGCACGCGCCAUAUAGUCGAGGUUCAACACCAGGAGGCGCUUACCCACGCAGGGCUAACCCGGGCCCAAGCCAUCGCGGACGCGGAACUCGCAGUUGAAGCGCAGAAACAGAGCCGCAUGCUCAAAUGGGAGCGCGAUAUGGGUAGCGAGCGCGUGGGCAACGCGAACCAACUGAGCAGUAUCAGACUCAGAGAACGAGAAGAGCUGGAGAUUUUGGAUAAGGCUGCGGAUCAAAGGCUCAAGGUCAGGCUGCAGGAACAGAAGAAAUUGGUCGAUAGCCAGAGUACGCUGGCGGCGAACAUUGCGGGCGCUGGAUCGGGCGCUAGAAGGCAGAUUGGGUACGUUAGUGGGGAGCUCGGGCCUGAUUAGGCUUGCUUUUAGCGUUGGAGCGGGGUGUAUGGGGUUAAAGUUUUGGAAAUGGUGCGCAAGAUUUUGGAGUCGAGAAUGCAUUUUGGGGCUCCUGACAUAUUUGAGAAGAAACUACUUCGUGAUAUUGAAGAUAUGAAGCUACUUUGCGAGAGUAGGGAUAUCCGUGGGCUUGCUGUUAAGAGAAUAGGGAUAUAUAGAUCAGUUAUUCUAUAUGUCAAUUGAGAUAAUUGAUGGAUACCAUUUGAGAUGGAUGUUUCGAUUCAUUCCCC